AUGGCGCCCCAAAAUCAUGUUCUGCUCUCGAAAUUAGCCUGGACUGACAAGAAUCCUGUACUGAAGCUGCGUCUUCUCCACACAUGGAUAGCUGGAAACCCUAAUCGUCCUGCCAGCUUCUAUGAGCAUUCAACACUGUGGACGGACGAAUUGGGAGUCCUGAUUCAGGCAGUGGCGCCACGUCAGCUCUCGCCCCACCUCAACGAGGUACUCACUGUGGGGAGAGUUUACUUCAUCUCGCUAUUUACCCAGCGUGAGGCAAGGAAGCGCUGGGCCUCUUGCUCUAACGACCGCAUCCUUGAUUUCACGGCCAAGACUACAUUCGUUUCCUCCAACGAGAAUGAUGCACAGUUCUGCUUGGACAGCUUCGAGUUCCGUGAGUUCGAAAACCUUGAAGCAAUUGCUGGACAGGCUGCCCAUUUAGUUGGUGAGUUCACUGUCCAUUGUACCGCCUUACGCAUACAAAACUGUUUGCUCACGCAACUGUUCUACGCAGAUGUUGUUGGACGCUUGGUCUCAGCAACGACAGUUACCUAUUACCAAAAAAAUGAUCGCUCUAUCCGCCGACGGACCGUAGUCAUACAGAACGAGCGGGACAUGUCCAUCUCGGUGACGUUGUGGGGAGAUUUUGCUGAGAGACUCGCUCUUCAGGAGCUCAUUCAGAUGGAUGGUGCUGCGGCGGUUAUUGUGGCAUUCACCAGCCUUAACCUCUCAAUUUGGAGAGGAACUGUUGGAGCAUCCAGUACUUCUGCAACUCGCAUCGUUGUUAGCCCUCCCGUCCCACAUGCUCAGCCACUUGCACUCCAUUUUGCUGGAGCAGUGGGUGCACUUGGUGUUGUGCCAAUUGAAUGUGAUACUCCAGAGAAGGCCAUGACGCUGUAUCGUGACUCCUUUCGAACCAUAGCUGAACUUCAGAAUGUUCAGUCCAUUUCCACCAUGGGUGGCAAAUUCCGCUGCAAGGCAACAGUCACAGAUAUAGACAUGUCGAGAGAAUGGUGCUACCUUGCCUGUGCUGUGUGCUGCAAAGCCGCUAUACGACGCGAUGCCCCUUUUUGGUGUGACAAGUGUAGCAAAACAGUUAACCCACAUGAGUUGAAACACUGCUUUCGCAUUCGUGUCAUGGGACAGGACGGUUCUACUUGCGCUCCUUUUGUGCUCCUUGCCCAAACAGCAGAAAGCCUCUUAGGAGUCUCGGCAAGCGCUCUGCUGGCUGCUGCUCCUGAUCGAGGUGGUGGGUAUCCUCCAGAAAUCGAAUGCUUGCUUGGGAAGGAAUACAUCUUCCUCAUUAAGCUGCCUAUCGGCCAAGUUGCUGACCCCCUCGACGAUUUCUGCGUGGCUGGUGUUGAGAAGGAAGACCAGACUGCAUCCAUGGACAGGAAGCCUCAUGGACCACGCUUUGUGAAAACACACGGUCAAGUCGUUUCCACAGUACCGCGUCUUCUGACCGGCAAAUUCACCGGCCCGUUUGCGCCUGCAGCCUUCGAUGCGGUUUUGUCAGCUGCAUCCGGUCCAUCAACGGCUGCUAAGCCUUCAUCAGCCGCUGCCAGUUCCACCCUGCAGACAACCAUACAGACCCCUAUCUCACCUGGCCGCAGUCAGCCUCUUGCAAAGGUUAAGCUUGAAAAGCUUGAAGAGUCACGCCAGAAAAAGAAGAAAAAUGUGGACAUUUCUGAUGACCUGCCCCUUUCCCAGUUGAAGACAAAGGCUUCAAGGGGUAGAACUGCUGCAAAGAAACUCUUCUAA